AUGGCUACAGACCUCGGCGAACUGCUGGUCCCUUACAUGCCCACCAUCAGAGUGCCAAAGACCGGUGACAGAGUGUUCAAGAGCGAGUGCGCUUUCUCCUUCGAUUCCCCGGAAUCUGAGGGGGGCCUGUACGUGUGCAUGAACACAUUCCUGGGCUUUGGACGGGAACACGUGGAGAGACACUAUCGCAAAACGGGCCAGAGUGUUUACAUGCACCUCAAGCGACAUGUCAAAGAAAAAGCCACAGGAGCUGCAGGAGGCACCAUCUCUAGGAGACGGAAUGGAAAAGUGUUUUUGGAUUUAGAGCUAAACCGCGAUUUUAAUGGUGAGGACUAUGAGUACGAGGACGAGGCCAAGCUUGUUAUAUUUCCAGACCACUUCGAGAUCCCCUUACCAAAUAUUGAGGAGUUACCUGCUCUGGUAACCAUCGCCUGUGAUGCAGUGCUUAACGCACCUUCAGCCUACAAGAAGCAGGAGCCUGAAUCCUGGGAAGAGGAGAUCCAAGUAUCGAGACAUGCAAGAAGCCUCAGACAGCUGGACAAUGGAGUCAGAGUCCCACCUAGUGGCUGGAAGUGUCAGAAGUGCGAGAUGAGAGAGAACCUGUGGCUGAACCUGACAGAUGGCGCCAUGCUCUGUGGGAAGUGGUUCUUUGAUGGCAGCGGAGGAAACGGCCACGCUCUGGAACACUACAAAGAGACCAAAUACCCACUGGCUGUCAAACUGGACACCAUCACCCCAGAUGGAGCAGAUGUCUACUCAUUUGAGGAAGAGGAAGCAGUGCUGGACCCCCACAUAUCAGAACACCUGUCGCACUUUGGAAUAGACAUGCUACAAAUGCAGAAAAAAACAGAGAAUGGCCACCACACAGAUAAUAAUGCCCGACCGCGGGUCAGCGAGUGGGAGGUGAUCCAGGAGUCGGGCAUGAAACUGAAAGCGGUAUACGGUUCCGGUUACACGGGCAUCAAAAACCUCGGCAACAGCUGCUACCUCAGCACAGUCAUGCAGGUCCUCUUCAGCAUCCCAGAAUUCCAAAGGAUGUAUGUCGGGAACCUUCAGAGGAUAUUUGACUAUUCACCACUUGACCCCACACAGGACUUUGCCACACAAAUGGCUAAAGUGGGCCAUGGGCUUCUCUCAGGCCAGUACUCCAAACCGCCUAUGAAAUCUGAGCUCAUUGAACAGGUGAUGAAAGAAGAAUACAAGGUAUUAAACUGGCACCAACAGAAAGGCAUCUCCCCUCGAAUGCUAAAGUCUCUGGUCAGUCGAGGACAUCUGGAGUUUUCCUCUAACAGGCAACAAGAUGCACAAGAGUUCUUCCUUCACAUGAUAAACUUGGUGGAGAGGAACAGUACGAGCUCGGAGAAUCCGAGUGAUGCUUUCCGCUUCUUGGUGGAGGAGCGAGUACAGUGCUGCCAGACACGUCGGGUUCGAUACACUCAACGGGUGGACUACUGCAUCCAGCUGCCAGCCCCCAUCGAGGCUGCAACCAAUCGAGAGGAGCUACUGGCAUAUGAAGCCAAGCGCAGGGAAGCUGAGGAGAACAUGAGAGCUCCCCCAGAGCCGGUGAGGGCUCGCAUCCCUUUCACUGCCUGCCUGCAGGCUUUCACUGAACCUCAGAAUGUGCCAGACUUCUGGAGUUCGGCGCUGCAGGCCAAGUCAGCUGGAGUCAAAACGUGCCGUUUCGCAUCAUUUCCAGAAUAUCUGGUGGUACAAAUCAAGAAAUUCACAUUUGGAGUUGACUGGGUGCCAAAGAAACUAGAUUUGGGGAUAGAUGUUCCAGAUUUCCUGGAUCUUAGCCGUCUGCGUGCCACAGGACUUCAAGCAGGUGAAGAGGAGCUCCCUGACCUCAUGCCGCCAAUUGUGCUACCUGAAGACACGAGAGAUAACUCCAUGAGCUCCUUAGACUCUCCGGAAAUAGAUGAGGCAGCAGUAAUGCAGCUGGCAGAGAUGGGCUUCCCGCUAGAGGCCUGCAGGAAGGCCGUCUACUACACAGGCAACAUGGGCCCUGAGAUGGCCUUCAACUGGAUCAUUGCCCACAUGGAGGAGCCAGACUUUGCAGAGCCACUUCUGCUACCUUCCAUGUUGGAUCCGGGCCCUUCUAGCAGUAUAGACGGCCCCAUGGGGGCCGCUCCUCUUGACAACUCGCCCCCCGAGGAAAGCAUCGCUAUCCUCACUUCGAUGGGCUUCCCCAGGACUCACACUAUCCAGGCGCUUAAAGCCACGAAUAAUAACCUGGAGAGAGCGCUCGAUUGGAUCUUCACCCACCCGGAGCAGCAGGAGGAAGACAGUGACCCCCUUUCCAAUAUGGCUGACACAGAGCCCAAUGACAAUGCUUUCUCCAACGCCAACUCGCACAGUGACUCCACAUUGUCCCCAGACAGGGACACAGCCGGACCACGUGUCAAAGACGGACCGGGACGUUACGAGCUAUUUGCUGUCAUCAGUCACAUGGGAGCAUCCACAAUGUCUGGGCACUACGUUUGUCACAUUAAAAAGGAAGGAAGGUGGGUGAUCUACAACGACCACAAAGUGUGUUUAUCAGAAAGGCCUCCAAAAGACUUGGGUUACAUCUACUUUUACCAUCGACUGUCAAGCAGUUAA